GGAGGCUCAGUGGCUUCAAAACAGCACCCCCUGUUAGUCACCUAGUGUAUAUAUAAAUCACUGGGCCAAACUCUCGCUCCCACUCUUGCCUUUUUGUCAGUGUUCUCAAGUUCAGAAAUCCCCUGGGAAUCCUCCCAAUCUACAUCGAGGCAACAUUUGCUUUUAUUUUACUGAAGUUUGUUUGUUAGGCUAAACUUUAGUCGAGAUACGCGGACGGUGAUAUCGUUUUAUACUGAGUUGAACGCUUGUUGGGCGACUUUAGUCUCGGUGGUGGUUGUGUUGUUUUUCCCCUGUUGUCCACUUCGCUGGUUCUUUAUUUGAGAAGAGAACACAUCCAACUCUAAACCAAAAUGGACACGGGAGUAUCUCCAGCUCGCGCAACUCUGCGGGUCGGCGCAUAACGGAUACUUAAACAGGAUCUAUUUUAAUGGACGACAAAAUCUUCUUUUUUUCAUUUUGAUAAUCCUAACCACUUAAACUUGUAGGCUAAUAUAAAUGUAUUAAAGCGGAGUGGAGUGGAUUAUCUCGUAUCAUGUCAAGGAUUUGGAUAUCGAAAUAGCCUAAUUUCUCACUUUUUCCCUCGGAGUGGAAUGAGACAAUCUGGGGGUUUAUAUCAGUCGGAUAACCCUGCUACUACUAACAUGGUAUAAUCGAACCGUAGCCUAUUGAAUGGGAGUGUAGACUGGACUCUUCUCGUAUUAUGAAACGGUUCUGCUGAAGUUUGGUGGGUUGGUUUGUUAAACACGGACCAUGUCGGGAGUUGUGCGGAGCCUGAGCCGCUGCCUGCUGCCGGCCGAGGCCACCCGAGAGGCGGGCGGCAGCAAGGACAGGAUCCGGGAAAGGGACGCGGUGCAGGAGCGAGAGGCUCGGCGGAGGAGCCGGGAGAUUGAUGCCAUGCUUGCACGAGAGAGGCGUGCUGUGAGGCGGCUCGUGAAGAUCCUUCUCCUCGGUGCUGGAGAGAGCGGCAAAUCGACCUUCCUCAAACAGAUGAGGAUUAUUAAUGGGAAAGAGUUCGACAAGAAAGCUCUACUCGACUUCCGGGACACAAUCUUUGAGAAUAUCAUAAAGGUAGCCAAAAUAAAUACUUUUAGAUAAGAGUUGUGACUCAUGCAGUGAACAGGCCUAUGUUAUUGUAGCAUGGCAUUUCUCCAAGAGAAAACAACGUUAUUCAAUCAAUUCCCCGCGCACGGUAUUGACGCGCAUUAGGCAGAGGCCCAUCCUAGUUAGUUCAAUUCAAAAGCUCAAGUUCUGAGUGUUGAUCUCAUUGACACUGGAUAUUAGGUCCAAGUCAGCGUAUUCUCUACUGUAUAUGUAGUUUGUCUCCUGGAAACGGAUCCCAAGUCAGCUUCUACCCUAUUAUUCUCUACUGUAUAUGUAGUUUGUCUCCUGGAAACUGGUCCCAAGUCAGCUUCUACUCUAUUAUUCUCUACUGUAUAUGUAGUUUGUCUCCUGGACACUGAUCCCAAGUCAGCUCCUACCCUAUUAUUCUCUACUGUAUAUGUAGUUUGUCUCCUGGACACUGAUCCCAAGUCAGCUUCUACCCUAUUAUUCUCUACUGUAUAUGUAGUUUGUCUCCUGGAAACUGGUCCCAAGUCAGCCUCUACUCUCAUUGACAAAACAUUGGAUAUUAUGUCCGUUUGUGCAUUUCCCUCUCUAUAGAAUGGGUAGGACUGGGGCAGGGAAAACGGGUCCUAGAUCAGUGGUGGCAGACGUUCACACUAAGUAAAACUGGUUCUAAGUAAAACUGGUUCUAGAUCAGUGGUGUCAGACAUACACACUAAGUAAACUGGUUCUAAGUAAAACUGGUUCUAGAUCAGUGGUGUCAGACGUUCACUCUAAGUAAAACUGGUUCUAAGUAAAACUGGUUCUAGAUCAGUGGUGUCAGACGUUCACACUAAGUAAAACUGGUUCUAAGUAAAACUGGUUCUAGAUCAGUGGUGUCAGACGUUCACUCUAAGUAAAACUGGUUCUAAGUAAAACUGGUUCUAGAUCAGUGGUGUCAGACAUACACACUAAGUAAACUGGUUCUAAGUAAAACUGGUUCUAGAUCAGUGGUGCCAGACGUUCACACUAUGUAAACUGGUUCUAAGUAAAACUGGUUCUAGAUCAGUGGUGUCAGACGUACACACAAAGUAAAACUGGUUCUAGAUCAGCGGUGUCAGACGUACACACAAAGUAAAACUGGUUCUAGAUCAGUGGUGUCAGACGUUCACACUAAGUAAAACUGGUUCUAAGUCAAACUGGUUCUAGAUCAGUGGUGCCAGACGUUCACACAAAGUAAAACUGGUUCUAGAUCAGUGGUGUCAG